CAGGUCGUGUAGCAUCUGCUGACGGGUUUGAACUCACUGUCUGCUCUUAAUGUUUUUGGAAAGCAACUGGCUCCUCGGGAUUCCUUGCCUAAUCAGAGGUGUUACCUCCUCCUCUUCCCCCAGUGUCUCUUGACAUCAUUUCAUCCAUCAGACUUUCAGAGGAAAAAAAAACACCAACCAAAGCAGAACCCACCCAGUCCGAGAGCAGCCCACACCAGCCCCUCAGUUUUGCCGUGACUGCAGGGAAGAGCUGGAUCGGGGCAAAGAUGAAGGAUGAGAGCGGGGCUGAACUCCAUGUCCUGAAGGAUUUGGUGCAGGGCGAACCGAGAGGAAUCCAGAGCGAUGCACGGACCGGCAUCCCCCGUACCCCGGGCGGGGAUCAGUAAGGCCAGGGGCAGCGCGUGGGGAUGCGAAGGCGCUUGACCCACGGGAAAGAACUAGUCUUCGAGGUGCAUUUGUCCCUGCUCAUAAUUGUUGCUCCAUGGGAUUUCUUCUGUCCCCCGCGACUGACCUGAUGUGGACCGAAGCGUUUCUAACAUGAACUCUCUCCCUGGGAUCUGGUGGUCUCUUCCUUUGGUCUUGAUCUGGGCGACCCCACCAGUCACCUCUUCAUGGUGGUACAUGGGCGCCGUGGGCUCGUCGCGAGUGAUGUGCGACAACGUGCCGGGGCUGGUGAGCCGGCAGCGGCAGCUGUGCCGGCGGCACCCCGAGGCCAUGCUCUCCAUCGGCCGCGGCGUGGCCGCCUGGACGGCCGAGUGCCAGCACCAGUUCCGCCGGCACCGCUGGGACUGCAACGCCCUGGAGCGGGGGCAGCGCCUCCUCGGCCGAGUCCUGCUGCGCAGUAGUCGUGAAUCUGCUUUUGUGCAUGCCAUCUCCUCCGCUGGAGUUGUUUUUGCCAUCACCAGGGCAUGUAGCCAAGGGGAGCUGAAAUCUUGCUCCUGCGAUCCCAAGAAGAAAGGCUCUGCUAAGGACAGCAAGGGCCAUUUUGACUGGGGUGGCUGCAGCGAUAAUAUUGAGUAUGGCAUUAAAUUUGCCAGAGCCUUUGUGGAUGCCAAAGAACGGAAAGGAAAAGAUGCAAGGGCGCUGAUGAACCUUCACAACAACAGAGCUGGAAGGAAGGCCGUGAAGCGGUUUUUGAAACAGGAGUGCAAAUGUCACGGUGUGAGCGGAUCGUGCACUCUAAGGACCUGUUGGCUGGCCAUGGCAGACUUCAGGAAAACGGGAGAUUACCUGUGGAAGAAAUACAAUGGAGCAAUUCAGGUGGUCAUGAAUCAAGAUGGCACGGGUUUCACUGUGGCUAAUAAGAAAUUUAAGAAGCCAACUAAGAAUGACCUGGUAUACUUUGAAAGCUCUCCAGACUACUGUAUCAGGGACAGAGAUGUAGGGUCCCUUGGGACAGCUGGUCGGGUGUGUAACCAAACCUCCCGUGGCAUGGACAGCUGUGAGGUGAUGUGCUGCGGGAGAGGCUACGACACGUCCCGUGUCAGCAGAAUGACCAAAUGCGAGUGCAAGUUCCACUGGUGUUGUGCUGUGCGCUGCCAGGACUGCCUAGAAGUGGUGGAUAUUCACACUUGCAAAGCGCCCAAGAGUGCUGGCUGGAUCUCCCGGACAUAAUGCACAGGCUGCUGAUGCUGAGGACCACAACCUUUUGCCCUCCCUGGUCUGUGUAGGGAAGGCAUCUGAGGUCUUUGCUACUUUUACAAAUGUUUUGCCUUUGUUGUUCAUCACACAGAAGUUGCUGAAUAAUUAACAGAAAGACUGCAGCAUUUACUUUCCAUUUCUGCACGACAGUGUUGCUGCAGAGUUGUCUGUGCAUAAACUGAUGCAGCUCUGGAAGGACGUACUUGUGCCAGGACUCUUUCAACCACCAUGUAAUGCUCCUUCAGACUACUUGUCAUCAGGAAUACAGCAAGACACAAAAAUGGGGCACCUCUUACCACCAGCAACUGCAUAGGCUGAGCUUGCUCAAACAUCUUCUGAAGGAUCUUGGGCAGGUCACAGUUGUGCCCUGGAUACUGAAGGACUCAGGAGUUUGAGCACUGGUUGGUGAUUUCUCCAUGAAAGAGAAUUUGAGGCCAGGCUGGUGAAAGGCUUUACUGGAGGGAUGUUUGUUUAUCCCUGGUGUAAUGGAGUUUGCAAUAGGGUGGCCACCUGAGGCCACUCUGGCCACCAUUAGCACACUGUGUCUUCCUAUGAGGCAGAAAUCGGCCCACGGAAUAAAACAAAGGAAAUCGCAGGAGAUGUAUCCAACCACAACACUUUCAUAAACUAUUAAAGAGUCAAAGCAAAUGUCUUAGUUAUAUGUUUGUGAAAACUUGCCUUAAAAGCUUUUAAAAAGUCAUUAACUAGUGAGGUUUUGGGGCUUUUUGAUCUGCAGGAUCGAAGAGAAGAAAUGGUUUCUCAGCCUAGUGAGAGCUGGGUACAGGACACUCAACUAUCUAAGGAUAAGGGUUCCUCUUUUUCGCAUGCAGAAUAAGUGGAAAAACAUCUGCAAACAGUGAUGGAGAAGGAAAUGCCUUACCUCGGUAAUGAUUUGGUUUCUAAAGAAUUUAUCAACUUCUGUCUUCUUUUAAAUUUAAUAAAUCUUUAAAGCGUGUUCAAAAUUAUACUUUCUAUUCAGAUGAGGACUUUCAAAUGAGAUUUUUUUCUGCAUUGUUUCUACAAAAACUUAUGCCUAUGAUUCAGAGUGCAUCCACCUUUGAUGGAGGCAGUUCCAGGUUGUGUCAGGUCCAUAUGCUGGGCUGGGAUCAGCACAAAACAAGUUGCUGGGUAGAUGUGCAGGCUCAGAAGGCCCAGAAAUCUCGCAGCCUUGGUGGAGAGGAACUGGGUCAGAGAGGGGCCAGCUGCCUCUCCUCCAGGCAGAGACCAGCAAACAAGCCAAGAGAAAGACGAGUUCUGUGACAAUAAGUCUAAUAAGGCUCUGGAAGAGCACCCAUGAAGAGUAGAGGCAGGCAAGGUCAUGAAAAAAUAAAGUAGGGAAAGGAGGUUGAAUGGGUGAUAGAAUGUAUUGUAGAUACAGGUGAAAUUUUCAUGUGAAAAUGAAAUAGACUGGAAGAACCCUAGUGGGUACAAACAGUGCAGGAAAAAGUAAUAUCCAAGUAGCAAACUAAGGCAAUAAAGUGAGUAGUACUCUGGCUUUGUUCUGGUUUUUGGUAUGUUUUGGUUUUGUUUUGGUUUGGUUUUUUUUGGUUUUUUGUUUGCGUUUGGGAGGUUGUUUGUGGUUUUGUUUGGUUUUGGUUUUGUUUGGUUUUGCUUUUUAACUAUUUAAAAAAAAUGAGGUUUUGCAUUCAGCAGUUUUGAGAGAGCAGUCAUUUACAUCUGCAAGGCUUUGGAAAAAGUUUGUAUCAUUAAAAAUUAAAAUGGGUAAUUCAUCUCCAGAAGGCACAACUGGCAUUAAAAGAUGAGAAGGAUCCAGAAGGGUAUUUAUUUGGACAAUAAGAUAAGUUUUAGUUACUGUAUAUGGCAAUGGUCAUGGCUAGAAGUAAGAAUAAUCACACUUCUGUCUAUAAGCCAACUGCUGGUGGGAACAGCCCUGCCAGCAUGUUAGUGCACGUGCAUAGUGUGUGUGUUAUGUAUGUGCACAUGUGCAGUUCAGUGGUUAUACUGCUGGCCCCAUUACUGCUGGCAAUUCUGACUCUGGGCUGGAUAAGGAAAAUUUCAUACAUAAUUGUAUUUAAAGGUGAGCUCCAAGGAGAAUUUUUAUUAGGAUUUCACUGUGAAAUUAAAUCUGCAUGCAGUUCAUAGCCUGAGCAAUAUCAUAUUUUAAGGCUUAAAGAACUUAAAAGCAGUAUAAUAAUUUUUAAUUUUUUAGUGCCAUUUUGCUUGAAAAAUUCAGGGAGACUUUGAGUAGUCUAAAAAUUUCCAGUGAAAUAAAGCUGAAAAUAUU